AUAAGUGUCUUGCGGUAUGACGAAAAAACAUAUUCCAUUCCUGAUGUAAUCAUCAUUUACUCAUUUGGGAUUUUUUGGAUAUCUUUACUGUGUAGGCUUAAGAGAGUAACACAACGGUUUCUUGUGAUGCAUUUAAGCGCUCAAUUUGCUUUAUGUAUUUGGUAGUUCAGAUAAUAAAUACUUUUAAAGUUUAAUUUUUAUACGGGAAAUGCGGAAGUUUAAUGCGAAUGUAGCACAAUGAAAGAAGAUUUGUUUUUUUUAUCUUCGUGUAAGGCAUUCGUACAAGUGCAAUGUUUUACUUCACAGCUAUACAUGGGAGAUACAUACAUUUUAAAAUCAAAUCCACGUGACCAUUGGAAAUCGCGAACAAAGAAAGAAGUGAAUAACGAACACUCAUAUAAUGUGAAUACGAAGAAAGUCGCGAAAGAAAGCGAACCGUCGAUCUCAAUAACCACCAAAUACAUAGACUGUAGUGAUAAUUGAAACAUCAACCAGAACGUGUAUCAUGGAUAUGUACAUAAUUUACAUGAACAAAGUGAAAAGAACGGAACGAAUUUACCUGGAACGCUGCUUCCUACCAAGUGUUGGAUCUCACUUCGAACACAGAGUUGACCCCGCCCUUUGGUUCAAGGUGCUCGCUCUGGACAGGAUACUCGUUGACUGCACAGCAUGUGUAGUUCAUUGGGCACCCCGUGGUCAUGUGGGCGAUGACAAGCUGCGUGAAGUAGCCAACGAGGGUCUAACGAUUGACCGCGUCUUUGAGUCGUUCAGAGGAACCGGCUGUUUCAGUGAAGAUGAGCUUGAUCCAGUAACAAGCGAAGCAUUCGCUCUUUCCCGUGAAAUUGCAAUCAAGUUAGAUUUGAAGGAUCUGACAAAAGAGGAAAAUGACCGACACCAUGAAAAUAUUGUUAGAGCUCUUCAUAUCUACAUUCUUCCCAGGGUAAAGCUAUUGACUGGAUAUGAAAGUUGCGUCAAAGAAGCGUUAGAAAAUAUAACUGCUGAGGAAAACAACCUUGGACGUUUAAUAAAAAGUCAAAUUAAAACGAAGGAGGGUCUUAAACAAACAUUGUGGCUCUCAAGGGUAAACAUGCUUCAAUCCAAUGACCUCUUCAGAAAAGGAUCACUGUAUUCUUUAGACGAGCAUUUCCUGCAAACUUUGCUUAAACAUAUCAUACACGAUAUUGAGCACAUUGGGAUGAAAAUUGUACAGUUCGAAGAUGAGAUAUUCCCGUUAAGACAUUCCGAAGAUGAAAAUGACAUUAAAAAACUUGAAGAGUUACGGGAACAGAGGGAUCAAUCGCAUUGUCGAGAUACUUACACGCUUGUUCUUACUAGGAGAGAAGAAAUAAGAGAUUUUUUGGAAAAGAAAGAUAAAGAAGAAAGUGACUCCCAUGACAGUCAGUGUAAAUUGAAAAGGAAGGGUUCAAAGAUGCAUGCUGAAUAUGUCAAAAUGGCAGUAAAGCUUGAAAUUAUAGAGAAGGAAAUUGACGAAAUGAUGACAACAAAGUUAAAAGUUUCAGCAGUACGAGAGGCCGCUCGAGUUGCGUUGAAAGAAAUUGCAGAGACAGGAGAAUCGUAUGGUUUUGUCCAUAAACGUUCAGAUGUAUGCCAUAUGAAAACAGCCGAUCAGACUGCAAGUCCGAAACAUUGGAAAACACUGCAAGAUGUCAUAAAUGAGUUGAUAUCAAAUACUCGACCGAGUGAAAUAAGAAAUGAAUUUCUGAAAUGUUGUCAUGAAAUUCAAUUUCUUUGCCAGGAUCUCAAUUCUACAGCGCAAAAGACACAUACAGAGGUUCAACCGGCUAUGUGUCAAUCGACGAGUGUUUAUGUCAAAGAAAAGUUGGAAAGGAUGACACGCCACUUGGUUGCCAGCGCACGAAGCAACCUAGACUUUGUGCCCAUUCACUUAGACAAGAACGUUUACAUUUGCUUUGAAGUCCAUGCUUUUUCAGAGAUAAUGCCGACACUGUCUCGUCUCCAUGAAUAUUGCUAUAAGCAGGUUUGCAAUGAGUUGUACAGUGGGCUUCAUCACAUUAGCGAUUCAAACACAACCCCUUAUGAGCCACAUACAAGUACUGACGCUGUUGAAGAGCGGACUCAAACUGACAGAGGAAGAGAACCGCAACAGAUAUCAGAAAACCAACGAGAAUGUGAAUUGGUUAUUGUGACAAUUCAGUCAACGCAGUCAUUAGUACAGAAAAUGAAGUUAUUCAUAAGGAUGACUGAACUAGCAGCAGGAGAAUUGAAAGGAAAGCAAGCAAGAGAUCAAGAAAAAAACACAAUUUUGUGUGCCGAUGAUUUCGUGGAUACUCUUGUAGCAUGGAUAAAAGACUUGAGCCCGAAGAUGUUGCUGAUCUUGUACUCUCAGUUAACAUUAGUGGAAAAUCUUUGCCCUGACUUUCUGAGAAACUGUCAUGGUGAAUAUUCUAUGGUGACGCUCUCUGUUGCUUUUACACAUUUGAUGGAAAUUUGUAACUUGAGGAAGUCUGUUGGUCAACCAAUACAUAAGCUGUAUCUACGACGUUCAAAAAACAUGAGGCAGUCUGUGAUAUAACCGUUUUAUGAGCCAAUGCGGGCAUCUACAUGUAACUAAAAUUUGUGCCUGCCCCAAAAUAGACUUGAGUAUCAUUUUAAACAGCAGGCAAGAUGCAAACGUCUUACAAAAAGCCUACAUAAUCAUAAAUGGUCAGAAGACCCUGAUGGCAGCUAUUUAUAUAGAAUUCAAAAGUACUUGCCCUAAAAAGAUGUGUGUUAUUUCAACUGGUGUCAGGAAGACGGGUUAUCUUGAAAAUGUUUGUUAAUAUCUCCAUAAAUCAAUUUAAGUUUUUGAUUGUGUGAAACACAUUUCACAUUUUUCUAUGAACAUUAAUGGUCAUAUGACAUAUUUGAUUUUAUUACCAUUGGCGUGAUUAAAAAAUCAUGCUUC